AUGGCAUCCGUUAUUCAUGGUAUGGUUUCUGAAAAUGAUAAGGACAUUGUUUUACCAAUUAAGACUGAAACUGACAUUGAUGAUAAAUUAAAUGUUGAUGCAUUUGUGUCUGAAGUGUCAAAGGUCACUGGUGCUACAAAUAUCACUGACAGUAUCAGUGCCAGUGUUCCAGCUGGUGUGGUAUCAAGUCUCAAUGCCAAUGCAAAGGAAUUCAACUUACAAUUUGGAGUGCCAAUUUCUUCUCAGAAUGUUGAAUUUUCAUUACCUGACAUUACUUCAUUGAACUUGAACUCGAAUGUUACAGCUUCCAAAGUGUCAACUACGCCUGUUACCAUGACAAGAGUCUCCACAUCUGAAACCUCAGGGACAGCCUCCUGUCCUAGUACCAAGAUAACUGAGCCAACCACAUCUGUGUUCACAUUUGCAGAGCCAAUCUCUGUAAAGUCGGAGGUAAUAUCAACUCACAAUUCAAGUGGUGCCAUUCCAAAGAAACCUCAGGUUAUCAUGAAACAGAAAUAUGAACAUAAACCAGUAAAACCCCAACAUGUGUCAAAUGUCACAUAUCCUGGUCACAUGUCUAGUCUAGACUUUCCAAAUGUCUCACCCUACAAGCCAGUGUUUUCACAAUAUGACCCAGUUGUGCCUCCAUAUCAGACAGGGAUGUCUACAUUUCAUACAUAUCCAACAUACACCAGUGGUAUUAAUCCAAUGCCAAGCAUUCCACAAAUAAUACCUCAACCAAAUGUCAUGCCACAAGCCUGUAGUUACUAUCCCCAACAACAACAGCCAAUUGCUAAUGCACCAAAUUAUGAACUUCUUCUAUCAGCAUAUGGGGUGCCAAAACCAAGAUUACCCAUGUUUAUCAGUGGUAAAGAGAAAGACUUUGCUGUUUUGCAGAUGGCACUUGAAAGUCUCCUUGAUAUUCACCCACAGCUCAGUGAAAGGUAUAAAUAUGGAGUGCUCCUAGACCGUUUAGGAGGUAAAACACUCACCCUCGCUACAAGUUUUCUCCGUCAUCCCACACCUUACACCAAGGCUGUUGAAGCAUUGAAGGAGAAUUAUGGGCAAGAUCAUAACCUAGCUAGAGGCGAGAUCAAUCGCAUAUUGACUCUCCCCACUAUCAAACCUGGUGAUUACGAAGCUUUUGACAACUUCGCCUUAUCAAUUCAGUCCCUUGUCGGAUUGUUGACAUCUGUAGAUGGUAAUGACUGCUAUGAGCUGAAAACUGCCUCACAUGUUGACACACUUCUUAAGAAGUUGCCAGGCUCCUUACGUGACAACUUUGUCGAGUACUGUUUGAAUAAAGGGGUGAUCAGUAAUACCAAAAACUAUGAUCUUGUAUCCUUUUCACAGUGGUUGAAUGUCAAGUCAAGGGCAAGAAGGAUUGCAGCUCAUGCAGUUGCCGACAAGACAAACACCACUAAGUCAGAUUCAAAAACAAAACAAGCUACAGCUAUGCUCAACACACCUACCGGGUCCAAAACUCCGAGUACGUCUUACCAAUCUUACUGUGCCUAUUGUAACAGCAAGGACCAUCACGUGAAUGCAUGUGAAAGUUUCCACAAGCUGGAAACAAGGGAUGUACUUCAAUGGAUAAAGGACAAAAACAGGUGCAUCCGUUGUGGCAGAAAUCAUAAAGAGCAAGACUGCAACCUUAAGAAACCAUGCCGAGAGUGCAAAGGUCGACAUCUAACCAUACUUCAUGCUAUCAAUGAACUGAACAAUAUUACUGUGAAGAAGACAACUUCAUUCUAUCUAGACAAUCCCAACAAUGUGAUGUUGAAAAUUGUUCCUGUAACAUUACAUGGCAAAUGUGACAUUGAAACUUUUGCCUUGCUGGAUGAUGGGUCAAUGCGAAGCAUGAUCUUGUCAUCUGCGGUGAAUGACCUUGAACUGUCAAUAAAACCUGACUCCAUAUUGUUGACAACGAUCCAAUCUGAACCUUUUCCUUGUGAUGGUCAUAGAGUGAACCUCUCUAUUUCAUCCCCCUUUGAUCCAGAUACAAAGCAUGAAAUCAAAAAUGUGUUCACCUCUGAACAAAUGAACCUGUCCAACUAUACAUAUCCUGUCAAAGACAUUCAGGAAAUGUAUCCUCACCUAAAGAACCUGCCUCUACCAGCCAUCAGUGAUGCCAAGCCUCUAAUCUUGAUAGGAUCAGAUAAUGCUGACUUGAUAUUGCCCUUGCAACCAGUCAGAGCUGGACCUCAAGGAACUCCAGUGGCCAUCUACACAAGACUAGGGUGGUCACUGCAAGGACCAUGUGCCUUUGAACCUAACAGAAAGCAACACUGCUUCCUGACUCGAACUUUACACGAACCUCAACUCCAGAUCACUGAUGAUGUUGAGAGGCUAUGGAAGAUCGACAUCUUGCCAUACACCACAAAACAGGUGACUCGAUCCAAGCUAGACCAUUUUGCCUUCAAAACCCUUGAGGACAAAACCGUCAAAGUGACAGUAGAUAGUGAAAUCCACUUCGCCACUCCUCUUCUCAGAAUACCUGACAAGACUGUACUCAAAACAGGUAAAGAGUCUGUGUUAGAGAACAUGAGAAGAACUGAGAGAAGACUCAGCAAGCAUCCUGACAUAGCAUCCAUACACAAUGAGAAAAUCCAAGAACUUGUUGUCAAGGGAUAUGUCAAAGUGAUAAGUGAAGAAGAAGCAUCUUCAACACCAGAGUCCUGGUUUAUCCCACAUCACGUUAUCGCACAACAUGGUAAACACAGACUGGUGUUCAAUUGCUCAUACGAAUAUCAGAAACUUUCACUGAAUAAGCAGUUACUUCCAGGACCGACACUAGGUGCCUCCUUACUCGGGGUGUUUUUGAGAUUUCGCCAACAUGUCAUAGCUGUGUCAGGAGACAUCAAAGCUAUGUUUCAUCAGAUCCGACUGUUGCCUGAAGACAGAAACCUGCUUCGUUUCAUUUGGAGGGAAAUGGAUACAGAGAGGGAUGUCUCAAUAUAUGAAUGGCAAGUAUUACCAUUCGGUACAACUUGUUCACCAUGUUGUGCCACAUAUGCAAUUCAGAGACUGGGCACAGAAAACAAAGAAGAAUAUCCUGAUGUGCAACAAGCAGUUCAAGAUUCCUUCUAUGUUGACAACUGCUUGUCUGGAUUCCCUACAGUUGAUAAGGCCAGGGAAUUCAUCAGUAGACUACGUCAUGUUAUGAAGUCUGGUGGAUUCAAUAUCCGACAGUGGAUAAGCAAUGAUCCUGACGUUGUUAAGGACUUGCCCAGUGAAGCCAGAUCUGAAACUUGUGAAUUGUGGCUCAUGCAAGGCAACACUGAACCACACGAAGGAACUCUUGGCCUUCAAUGGCAAUGUGAAAAGGAUCGCAUCACUUACAAGUACAGACCCAUUGCAUAUUCUACUCUGACACUGAAUGUAGUAUAUAGGAUACUAGCAAGUCAGUACGAUCCUCUUGGAUUCCUCACACCUUAUCUAGCAAGAGCCAAAGUCAUCGUUCAGCAACUGUGGCAACACAAACCUCAGUGGGGAGAACCACUUCCAGAAUGUGAACUUCUCACAGAAUGGCAUCUGUGGGAAUCUGAACUGAAACUUAUGAACCAAGUUUCACUUCCAAGAUGCAUUGAUCCACCUGAACCAGCCAAUCAGAGACAGUUACAUAUUUUCUGUGAUGCAUCAGAAAAAGUAUAUGGUUCUGUCGCAUACCUCAAGUCAGAGACCAAUGAUGGAUCAUCUCAUGUCUCCUUUGUUGCAGCAAGAAGCAGAGUAGCUCCUAAGAAAGCCCUCUCAAUGCCCCGCCUUGAACUGUUAGCUGCUCUAACAGGAGCCCAGCUUGCCAGCACACUCACCAGUGAAAUGACCAUUGACAUUCACAAAGUGAUCAUGUGGAGUGACUCAACAACUGUCCUAGCAUGGUUGACAUCCCAAUCAUGUCGCUACAAAGUGUUUGUGGGAACUCGAGUAGCAGAAAUUCAAACACUUACUGAAUAUCAUGACUGGAGAUAUAUCCCGUCAGAGGAAAACCCGGCUGAUGAUAUCACCAGAGGAAAGACACUGCAGGACUUGUGUGCAGAGACAAGAUGGAGAAAUGGCCCAGCAUUUCUAAACCUUUCAGAUACUGAAUGGCCUCUCAGUGAUGCAAAACCAAAACCUGAAACUGAUCCCUUUAGUGUUGAACUAAAGAAAGCCUUCUGCAGUCACAUCACAGUUCAACCCAAAGCUGAUACAUCUCUACAUCGAUCAUGGGAAAAACUCCUUGAUGCAACAAUCAAUACUAUCGAGGAUCCCGAUGGGGCGGCCUCCAUCAAUGUUACUGAUGUUGAGAAAGCUGAACUACAAUUGUAUCGCCAAGCUCAGGAAGAAUGCUUUCCAGAUGAAAUGAAAGCAUUAUCCAAAGGUCUGAGAAUAGCAUCUAACAGCAGGCUCUCGCAACUCAGUCCAGAGUAUGAUAAAGACCAUCACGUCAUACGUGUUGGUGGUAGACUGAGAAGAUGUGAUGAACUGUCAAUCGAUGUAAAACAUCCCAUUGUUCUAGAUCCAAAUCAUAAUGUUACAAAGCUCCUCAUAAAGAAAUAUGACUCUGACCUCCACCACUAUGGUGCUGAAAGACUACACGGUGAAAUCAGAAGAAAAUUCUGGAUUCUUCGAGGACGUGAAGCUGUUAAAAAACAUCAGAGACAAUGCCAUGAUUGUCAGAAAUGGAGAGCAAAUCCAGAGAUUCCUUUGAUGGCCGACCUACCAGAGGCUCGGCUAAGACUGUUCAAACCACCCUUCUAUUCGACAGGAAUAGAUUGCUUUGGGCCUAUGUAUAUAAAGAUUGGCAGACGCAGAGAGAAAAGGUAUGGAAUCAUCUUUAAAUGCAUGACAACCCGAGCCGUCCACACUGAUAUACUUGACAGUCUGGACACAGACGCAUUCCUAAUGGCCCUUCGCAGAUUCAUCUCCAGGAGGGGUUGUCCCUUUGAACUGUUGUCAGACUGUGGCACAAACUUCAAAGGUGGUGAAAAUGAAUUGUGCAAAGCUUUUGAAGCUAUGAACUCUGAACUGAAAGAAAAACUCGCCAAGAACCAUAUCCGAUUCCAAUUCAAUCCGCCAUUUGCCCCUCACUUUGGUGGAUUGUGGGAACGUGAAAUUAGAUCAAUCAAGUAUGGCCUACGCAGUAUACUUGGAACUGAAUCCGUCAGUGAAUCUGUCCUGAGAACUGUCAUGACAGAGGUAGAAUCUAUUCUGAACUCCAAACCUCUGGGUUACACCUCAUCUGACAUCUCCGAUACCGAUCCUGUAACUCCAUACACCUUGCUGAUUGGGAGAUCAGACCCAGCACUUCCUCAGGUUGUCUACCUGAAUGAAGACAGAUUAACAAAGAAACGAUUUCGUCAAAGUCAAGUACUAGCUGAUCACUUCUGGAGGAAAUUCAUCAAGGAGUACUUGCCAAAUCUCCAGCCACGUGUGAAAUGGACGGACGAACGGCGCAAUUUACAAACUGACGAUGUUGUGCUAAUCAUUAACCCUCUUCACACUCGCAGUGAGUGGAAGAUUGGACAAGUAAUAGAGACCUAUGCAGGGUCCGACGGUAGAGUACGAUCAGCAAAAGUGAAGACCAGUGACAAUGAGAUUCUCCGACCAGUGUCAAAAUUGAUCAAAUUGCCAAAAUAUGACUGA